AUGACAUUAGAUUUAUCAUACAAGCAUGCUGCAAAUCAAUACUUCGAGUCAACUCCCGCGAGUGAAUGGACGUAUCCCGGGUAUCUCGAAAAAAUGCAACCAUACUUCAACAACCACUUCAAACUGAGUUCAUUGAAAUCGACAUGGAAGAAACGAUUUAACGAACAUUUGAGAGAAAUCGAAAGAGAUCAAGUAGGUGAGAAAUGCACUUUUGCGUCAGAUCUUCUUAAUCAGCAAAAUAUUAUCGCUAGUCUGUAUAAUUGUACCACACGGGGAGCAGGUGACGCCCUGUUAACUCCUGGAGUAGGUGACGUCCUCGGUGCAAUGUACAAGAGUGCUUCUACUAUACAAGUUAAGGGUUUAAAAGCUACCGAACUCUGGAAUCAGUUUGAGAAGAAAAGAGCACUACAGCAUCAGCAGCAUAACUCAAACAUUGAUAUACAAUUAAGUACGUUGAAAGUGAUGAGCACUUCUACCUGUCAGGAAGGUGAAUUGGCCGGACAGAUGGUAGCUUCGAGUAUCAGUGGCAAGAAAAAUGUUAAACACAAUAAAAAUGCGAGAGAAAAGCAAAAAUCACGUAAAACUAGCAUUGAAAAUUCUCAUCAAGCGGAAUCUUCUAAUUGUUCUUAUAGGCUGAAUAAUGUGCUGAAUGUUCAAGAAAGCUUCGAUGAGAACGAUGAGGAAGAAGUUAUUCAAAAUGCCGAAGUAAUAACAGACUUCUUGGGAAACGAUAUUGAAUGUUCGGAGGCAUCGAAAAAACUUUGUUCGGCAUAUAUGGAACAGUAUCCCGAUGGAGACUUGAUUGACCUCCGUUCAUGUUCAUCCUUCCUCAGAAAUAUUCCAAGAUCGAUAACCGAACAAUUAAUUCCCGAUAAUGUGCACAAUUUCCUGGUGCAGUUUUUUUCACAAACUAUUUCGGAUACAGAGUGGCAAGGUAAGGUUGACGACCUACGAUCUCCAGAAGAGAAAGACCCUCUAAUGGUUGCAGUAGUCCGAAUUUUACGUCGGACAUUACCACAAUU